AUGCCAACCUUCCUCCCGCUCGACCUCGUGCUCGCCAUCGUCCGCCUCGCCACCGCGCGCGAGGUGCCCGACGAGGACUCGCCCAUGCACCAUCAGCGAGUCGCCCAUCUCUGCCUCGUCUGCAAGGCUUUCUGGGACGUCGUCGAGCCGUUGCUUUGGAAGGCCUUGCAGAUCGGACGCAUCGAAGAGCUCCAUUCCUUCGCUGAGAGGAGCGGGAGGCACCCUCGCCUCCUCGAGCAGGUCGAAGAGUUCCGCGGCGGAGACGGGGGAGCAGGCGCACUAUCAGGCAGACGACCAGCGCUCGGCUCGCAUGCGGUGUCGAUGGAGGCCUUCGCCAUGUUUGAGCACCUAACGAUCCUCGAGCUGUCCUGUCACAGACUCGCCGACCUCCCGACCGACUUGCAGUUGCCGCUGCUCGAAGCUCUCUCGCUCAGGGAGUGCUUCGUCGCUAUGGCAACCUGCCAACGUCUGCUGAUGCCGACCUGCACGCCCAAGCUUCGCAAGAUGCACCUUGACUGCGUUAUAAUGCACAGCACAGGUUUCCUGAUCGCAACGCCAGACCCUCGUCCCCUCGACUAUCUUCAACUUGUCGCCUGGGAUCGCCAGUUCUAUCCUCCGAUAUACCUCGGUCUCCAUCGCGUGCAGAACAUUGUCCAUGGCUGGAGCGUGGCGAAGAGAAUCCGCAACUUUCCCAGCGCCGCCAGCUUGGGGACGCCGCUUCACCUUCGACUGUACCCGCUUCCCAAGCGCUCCGAGAAACACAGCAUACACCUCAACUACGACGACGAGAUUGAGGAUGCCAUCGCUUCCGUGUGCAACAUGACCUCGCGAGGCCGCGUCAAGUCGCUCUUCCUCCCUUCCGACUUUGACAACCCCGCCUGGUUCGACCACCGGCGUACACGCGCCCUCUUCUUCUCGCUCUUCGAGGCAUGCCGCGACUCCGACACGCCGGUCAUCAUCUACGACGAGGGCGAGUCGGAGGACGACUUCCUUCCGGCUUUCGACCGCUUCCUCGCCUCGAGCGGCAACACGGACGUCCGUGAACGCCUUCUCCAGGAGAAUAUCGAGCGCGUGAGGAUCUGGCAGGAGUACACGACGGAGCACCAGCUCGAGUAUCCGCCAAAUCGCUCGUCGUCCGGCGGCGACUCGCGCUUGAACGACUCGUAA